AUGCGGCUUCCAAAAAUUUCACUACCGACCUUUUCGGGUGCUGUUAAAGAGUGGCCCGAGUUCAUCGCGACUUAUAAUGCGCUUAUUCACGAAUCUACCCUUUUGAGGGAAAUUGAGAAAUUUAAUUAUUUAGUGUCCGUUUUACGCGGUGACGCUUUAUCGUUAAUUAGAACGUUUCCUGUUGCAAGUGAACAUUACUUAAGUGCAUACGAUGCUCUCAAGUCCCGCUACGAGGACAAACGCGACUUAGCUUUUACGUGUUGGCGUGACAUUUUAGAUGUCAGUUUUAAUACGGCUAACGCUCAAGAUUUUCGACAUGCGCUAGAUACAAUCGAUGAAAAUCUAACUAUCUUAAAACAGUUGAAAUUACCGACCGAACAUUGGGACUUUGUCCUUUGUUAUAAUAUUCUUGCGAAGUUAGAUACCAAGCUACGACGCGAGUUUGAAGAAAAACACGCCGACGUGGAAAUGCCUCAAUACAAGCAAAUUAGGGCAUUUCUACACGGGAAAAGCGAAGCUUUGUUGCGCGAUACGCACUUUACCGCUGUUACUUCUAAAAACGCGAACACUUCUAAAGAGGCAACGGGAACCUUACAGAAACCGAAGCGACAUAACGUCACGCAUACACUCCUCUCUCCUACUGUGAACCCCCUUCCAAAAGGUGGUGACAAACAAGAGGUGAAACCGAAAGUUUCGGGAACUCUGAAAGUUAUUCGAAAAUGUUCCUUCUGUGGUGAAGAGCACCACAUUUCAGCCUGUAAGGUCUUUCUAGCGAAAUCGGUGGACGAACGAAUGGCUGUUACUACAGAGAGGAAAUGGUGCUAUAAUUGUCUUAACGCGUCUCAUUCAGUGCGACAGUGCACAUCGAUAUUCUCUUGUCAGAAAUGCAAGCGGAAGCACCAUACUCUGUUACACCGAGAGGAAGCUGCCAGCAACCCCAAACCCUCUGGUGAAAAAUCAAGCUCAGUCGUCUUGCUGGCUAAAGAACCGUUAACUCCGUCCAAUUCACCUUCGAAUACGACCGUGCUGCUGGCAACCGCGCUCGUCCAAAUUCGUGAUGCUUCGGGCGAGUUUCAGACAUUCCGCGCGUUAUUCGACACCGGAAGUCAAAAUAAUUUCCUCACCACACACGCGGCUCAGCGGCUAAAGUUGAAGCCUACCGCGACUAGUGAUGGGCCGUGCGUCCUAGGGGGUGCACCUGCAUCAGUGACUGGCCAGGUCACCUGUGAUAUAGGUGCCAAGGACACCGUACAUUUCCGUCUGGAAAUGUUUGUUUCACCGCACAUAUGUGCAGAUCAGCCUAUAGGCAGACUCAAUAUGAGUGGAUGGGAUGACCUCAAAACAUUACCGUUAGCAGAUCCUGGUUUUGAUAUUCCUGGUCCAAUUGAUGUCUUGCUCGCUGCCGACGUCUUUGCUGAGUCACUUCUCGACCAACGUUUGAAACGCUGCGUCAAUCAACCGCGUGCUCUCAACUCUGUCUUCGGAUGGCUGAUAGUCGGAAAAACCCGACUAGCGUCGUCGUCUUUAUUAAGUGUACCAUCACCUAAUAAGGAUGAUAGCUUAAACAAUAUCGUUCAACGCUUCUGGGAGAUCGAUACCGUUCCGCAUUCUUCCCGAUUAACCCCAGAUGAACAACGCUGUGAAAAUAGUUUCACAAACGAGCAUUACCGUGACGAGACUGGUAGGUACGUCGUCUGUCUUCCCUUCAAAGAUAACGCUGAGCCUGUGUUUGAAGGCUCUCGGGAGAUAGCGGUACGACGCUUCCAUGCUAUCGAAAAGCGCCUUUCUCGUGAUCCAGACUUGAAACAACAAUAUGUUGAUUUCAUGACCGAUGACUACAGCGAAAGUUGUCACAUGUCUUUGAUGCCUGCUAAGAACGCGGCUCCAAAGAUAUCAUCCAACAAUGCGGAGAUUCCUUUCCACUACCGGGAGCACGAAGCGGCAUCUAUGGCCAACGUGCACCAACUGUACCGUCAAAUUACCGUUGCUCCGCAUUACCGUGAUUACCGGCGUAUUCUCUGGCGAGCUAACCCAGAUGAGCCUCUUCAGGAAUACGUAUUCAACACCGUACCGUACGGGGUCUCCUCGGCUCCGUUUCUUGCUUGCCGAACGAUCCAGCAAUUGGCCAACAACGAUGGUCAUAAGUACCCGAAGGCUAAAACCGUUCUAACUUCCGAUAUUUACGUCGAUGACGUCGUUACCGGAAGUUCUUCGCUGGAUGAUGCUCGUGACAUCAAGUCACAAGUUAUCGCUCUUUUUAAGCUCGGCUCUUUUGAGCUACGAAAAUGGGUAAGCAAUCGACCCGAACUUCUAAGGGAUAUGCCCUCAGAAAUGUGUCUUCCGGACGCCAUCGCAUUCACCGAGGCAGAAGUCACAACCGUUAAGGUCCUUGGCCUUAAAUGGGAGCCCGCUUCAGACUCGUUCGUUUGUAACGUCCAACCGUCUAAUCAACCGUGUACCAAACAAACGAUUCUGAGUGAGGUUGCCAGAAUCUUUGACCCUUUGGGUUUCUUGUCUCCUUUGACAAUCCAAGCCAAAGCCUUGAUCCAAAGACUUUGGAUUCUCGGCUCUUCAUGGGAUGAAACGCUUCCUCCGGAAAUUGUAUCGCAAUGGAACAGUUUCUUCCAUCAGCUUCCUCAAAGUAGGGAUCUGAAUAUUCCUCGCAAAUUCGCCAUCGAAGGUAUUCAAUCGUAUCAACUGCAUGGGUUUUGUGAUAGUUCUGAGAUAGCGUAUGGCGCCGUCGUAUAUCUAAGUAUCACCGAGCCUGAUGGCUCCAUCCGCGUCCACUUCGUUUGCCGCAUCCACAUGCUACGGCUUCCUGUUCGCGAAGCCUACUUUUGGUGCGACUCAACCGUUACAUUGGCUUGGUUGCGCGCUCCGUCCUCUCGUUGGGUGACAUUUGUCGCAAAUCGUGUUAGCCACGUGCAGGACAUCGUUCCUACCGCUUGCUGGAGACACGUUCCCUCUGGAACGAAUCCCGCAGAUAUCUGCUCACGUGGGCAGUUGCCUCGGGAACUAUUAACCAAUUCGCUAUGGUGGGCGGGCCCAGAGCGGCUUUCCCAAUCGCCGUCUGAAUGGCCAUCAGAUCUAUCGAAGGAUCGCAACAACGAUAACGUCGUACUUUCCCAACAGCGUCGUGAUCUGAAUACCUUUUCGGAACGGAGGUCGAGCGCCAUCGCGCGCUCCUAG